AUGGCAUUCUUCAAUUUGACUUUAAUGGGUUAUGAUAAUAAAUUUAAAUCUAUGAAACGUCUUGAACCAUUAAAUACAGAAAAUGAUUCAAAUCAAUUAAGACAAAUUCCAGUAAUAGGUCAAAGUAAAAGUGCACUUGAAAAACAAUUAGCUCGAGAAUUAGCUGGAGAUUUACAAUCACGCGAAUGGACAUCACCUGCUGUAUCGAAUUUAAAUUAUCAUACUCUACGUCAAAUGCAUGUACAUGGUAAUCAAAAUCCAAAUCAAAUUAUGAGACGUCCAAUGACAGCUGCUCAAGAAAUUGGCUGGUGGACGAAAGAUGAACCAUUAAAAAUAAAAGAACCAUGGACACAAGAAAAACGUCAUGUUCAUGCACAAUCUGAAAUGACUAAAUUUGUCGAUGAUAUGGUCCUGACAGAUCGAUAUUUUCGCCUUUUUUAA